UUUCGAACAUCGCAGACAUGGACAAGAUGUACACAAUCGCGUAGCCACUGAGAACAACUAAAUCCAAGUCGCCUUUCCGCGCACAACACUUCCAAAAAUGAACCCAAUGCAUGAGAUUCGAAUGUCGGCCUCGCCCGGAAGAUCACCGCAGGUCACACAUCAGCAUGAGAUAGGAAGUCCAGUACGAAGUCUGCAUCCAGAGUUUUUGGUGGAAUCGAUCAACAGCCAGGCAGACUUUGGUAAUCGAACAUUUCUAGACGACAAAUCACCAGAUGAGGAAACACACAUGCCGGAUAUACCAGAACCACAUCCAUUGCCUGAUGGCCGUCAUUCGCGUAUCGAGAGGCCAAUAUCCAAACAAAGGCGAUCUGGACAUUAUCUGGGUGGCACCACAGAACAGUUCCAAUCGAACUGUGCUCCAGAACGACGGGCUCCUUCGCCUUCAUCACCACCCUCACCUCGUUCUCCAGUGGGCGUGCCAUCUGACUUUGAGAAGUACCAGCAGAUGACGCGUGAAGCCUGUAAAAGCGGAUUCGACAGCGAUGACGACUCCUAUAUCGGGUCGGUCGACGAACUGACACCUGUCAGGCCAGCCAGGAGGAGUAACAUGCUUGUCGACGGCCUCUUUCACCACAGCUCGCCACAAGUUCUAGAAGAAGAAAGUCCUAUACUCCCGAAACAUCAAGACUUGGCUGUGGCCCAUCAGAUCAGGGAAGUGCACUCUCUCACCAUGCAAGCUCUGACCGGCAUCACCUCUUCUUCAAACCCACCACCAACGCCUCCACCAAUACCUACUCGCGACUCACGCUAUCUCGACUGGCGAAACUCUCGGUACCGCUCUGUCUCGGCACCUACAAAGAAAGUCACCAUGGCACCCCCGCCCAUCGAUACCUCACGAAUCUCCACCCAAAAUCCACACGUCAAAACACCCUACCCCUUCCGCGCCGUCCACCGCAAAGAAUUCGGCCGCCAGUUCUCAUCUUCGGAACCAGCCCUACGCAGCCCUCGCGUCCACGACAGCAUCCUUACCCUCAGCAUCCGCCGCAGCAACCCACACAGCAAGCUCCGCCUCUCCACCCUGACCAUCCCUGCCAACAGCGAAUUCAGCGCCGUCAAACACCGUCACCACCAUUCCUCCUCCGACCGCCCCAGACUCCAAGAUUUCGACGAUGCAGAAUUAUUUCGUCAAUUGCGCAGACAUUAUCAGAAAUUGCUCGGUCCAUGGCGACAUUUUUCAGCCAGGAGUCUGACGUUGAUAUGUGUGAGUGGGGAUGCGAGUAAACAGGCAGAUUCAGGUUAUGGCUGGUUACUCACUCCACGCUCUCCACGCACCUUGGCCUACAAAGGUCUGAAUGAUACAUUCAGUGAAGAGAAGCUAUUGAGGUUUUUCAGAAACCCAGCAGCGGCGGGGAAGAGUAGGUAUGCUUGGGUCAGUUGGGCGCAUAGAUUGGCCGAUGCGCCGGCGGUGGUUACUACACCUUUACCUGUCACUGCUUCGGGGCCUUCUUCUGCAAUUGCUGAUGGCAGUGGAGUCACACCGAUUUCUGCCACUUCCGGGACGUCGACGGUCAAUAAUCGCUUUUCAAUGAUUAGGAGGUUGGAGCAGCAUGAAGGGUUGGAAUUCGUGGUGUCGUGGUCGGUGAGGAGGAUUUUGCUUGUGUUGAGUGCGGUGCUCGCGCUUAGUCUUGCUGCUACAUUGCUUUGGGUUUUCUUGGGGAAAGGUUCACAUGGUUCUGAUCACGGUGCUGGGUUCAUGGGUGCUGGGGAUAGAGUUGUUGGUGGAGUGGUCAUGGGGAUUUGUGUGCUGUUGAUUGGGGUUGCGGGUAUUGGCGGGUGGAUCGGGGUUAGUUGGCUGGUGUUGUAGAGAGAAGCUGCUCUCUUUGAUGUCGUUUUGGAUGUUUCUUUUGCGACUGAGCAUCGCAUUUCGCAUUUCCCUUCUUCUUAAUACUGUCUUCAGAAAGCGUUUUAUGGCCGUUUAGAUCGGAUCAAAACAUCAAGCUUUCCUUCACUGUAUGUGUCAUAAUUGUGUUUGCAGGCCUUGUCGAGGUUUCGACGCUCUGAGAUAGAUCAAAUGUGCUAGGUGUCUGUGUCCGAUGUUGGAAGACAAAGUUGUUCACAGGAGGUCUUCCUUCCCAA